AUGCCCUUUGUCGUCAAAGGCCCAUGCGAUUGUGCUUCAGAACUGGACCGGCAAGAUCUUCUUGAAGGAUCUCGGGUCCGCACAUGGCACUUUUCUGGACAGAGCACGAUUGAACCCUCACGAGCCCAUCGAAUGGCAGGCUGGUUCGCAGGCGUAUUUUGCAGAUGCCAGCACAGAGUUUUUCGAGCUCCGGGCAGCUUAAGUGGCCAUCAGGCAGGGCAACCGAACGCCUGUUUAUACUUCCCUGAUCUCGCUUGCAUCUCUUUGGGUGUUUUGGAUUAG